AUGGAAAAGUCGGAAAACUGGCAAGAAAAUUCUUCUCAACUCGUCGGCUCGGGAAAUGGAUCGAAAGGAAGUCUGAAAAACCAGUUCGGAGCAGAGCAGUUUACACCAUACACCAACGUUAUCAUGCCAAGCCUAUUUGGGAUCAUCAGUUUUUUGGGCAUCAUAGGCAACUCCAUUGUAAUCUACACCAUAGUAAGGAAAACCAAGUUGAGGUACAAGCACACAGUGCCGGAUGUAUUUAUUUUCAACCUGUCCUUGGUUGAUCUGUUGUUUCUCCUGGGAAUGCCUUUCCUCAUUCAUCAGCUUGUUGGGAAUGGAACCUGGCAUUUUGGAGCAGUCAUGUGCACCAUCAUAACCAGCUUAGACAGCAACAGCCAGGUCACCAACACCUAUAUAUUGACUGCAAUGACCUCUGAUCGUUACCUGGCCAUAGUUCACCCUCUGAAAUCAACCUACAUGCGUACACCAUCUAUGGCUACCUUGGUGAUCUGCUUGGUUUGGCUGGUGUCCUUCUUAACCAUCAUCCCAGUGUGGCUGUACAGUGGAUUAGUGCUACGGCCCGACGGCUCGGUUGGUUGUGCUUUACUUUUGCCCAACCCAGCCACUGACAGCUACUGGUUUACACUUUACCAAUUCAUACUGGCUUUUGCCACCCCUCUGGUUAUCAUCUGUGUAAUUUACUUUAAGAUCCUUCAGCACAUGUCUACAACCGUGGUCCCACUACCACAGUGAAGUAUAAGAUUGAGAACAAGGAAAAUGACCCGGAUGGCAGUGGCCAUUUGUUCAACUUUUUUCAUAUGUUGGGGACCUUUCUAUAUCCUUCAACUGGUUCACCUAAGGAUUGAGAAGCCAAGCGUCACAUUCUUCUGUGCCUACAACUUUGCCAUCAGCCUGGGCUACGCUAACAGCUGUAUCAACCCCUUUUUGUACCUCGCCUUGAGUGAGACCUUCAAGUGGCGUUUUCUGGUGCCGAUCCAAUCCGCUCGUCAGCAGGUCCGGGUGGAUAACAGUGAUGCAGAAGGAAGCACAUCUAUCAGGCUGACCAGCGAACUAUCUCAACGCACCCAUUUCACAGGAGAGUUCUCACAAAGUGUUUUGCCCGUGACAGUCACAGUUCAGUGA